CCAGAUAUCGACUCGCUGCCUUAUGAAUCGAAAUCGUGUGGUACGGUGAGGAAGUCGGAGGUUUACAGUCGCCUCUACUGUACGAUAAUUUAAUUUCCGUUUGAGAAUAGCUUCAGGAGAAAUCUGUGAAUAAAUGUUCUAAAGUCGUCAUCACUGUCAUAACUCUGCGUCGUGGAUGACGUCAGGAAUCGGCGUCGCAGUGACGUCACGCGCGGUGUUUGUCAGUGGCGGCGCUGCGGCUCAGAGGCGCUUCACUUCUCUUCAGUUUCCUCCGUCCUGCACGAGACCCACAGAGUGAGAGAGAGAUAGAGAGAUAAACAAAAACACAAACAAACAAACCAACCGCACCACACUGUGCUGAAACAGUACCGGAUUUACACAGAAUUCCGCUGACUCUUUUUUGUUGUUGUUUUCUUUCGUUGCGAGUCCUAAAUUUGGGACGAGUGUGAACUUUUAGCCACGACUGAUCUGAUCGCAGAGAGCGGACAGCUACACUGCUAGCUAGGCUAACUGUUUAUUUACGUAGCUACGCCGCUGUUUUGCUAACACUUUGGCGGUUAGCACGAGAAGCUAGCAGAGCAUUUUAAUCUGGAGCAAGAAAUCAAAUACAAGAAAAACCCGAAGGAGCUGUGGAGUUAACCACAACAAGAGGUUUGCUGGAUAAGCGGAGUGGACCUACAGGACCGUGCGGCACAGAGGAAUGAGUCAUGACCUCGGUGGUGGUAAUAGACGGUGGAGGGAACAUUCUGGAGUACGUCACCGGAGACGAGGAGGCGCAGCAGGAGGUGUGUUGUGACGACGCGGUGAUCCACGAGGACGAAGCCGAGUGUCCGGCGGUGAUCGUGGAGCAGGUGAACAGCGCCGACGUGGAGCAGUGUUACGCCGCUCAGGUGCUCGUCUGCGACGACGAGAACACCUACCUGAUGCAGGACGUGGUGGAGGAGCAGGUGGUGGAGACGGAGGUGCAAGACUCGGGCAUGGUGGAGGUAUCAGUUCAUGACAAAACCAUCGAGGCGGCUGAGGCUCUGCUGCACAUGGACUCUCCAGCCAGCCUUCAUGGUGACCACAGCCCAGAGGAGUUCCUGUCUGAGAUGGAGGUGGAAGUGAGCACCGAGGACAUGGGGCAAGUCGUGGAAGAUUCUCAUAGCGAGCUGCAGCAAGCGGAUCAGAAAAAGAAAAGAGGACGGAAAUCCAAACUGCCGCGGGCUUGCUGCGACGGCUCCCUGGAUCUUAUUUAUAAGAGGAAAUCGAGAGAGAGUAAGGGCACCACCACGUAUCUCUGGGAGUUUCUGCUGGAUCUCCUUCAGGAUAAAGAAACCUGCCCUAAGUACAUCAAAUGGACGGAGAAGGAGAAGGGCAUCUUCAAGCUGGUCGACUCCAAAGCCGUGUCCAAGCUGUGGGGCAAACAUAAGAACAAACCGGACAUGAACUACGAGACGAUGGGAAGAGCACUCAGGUAUUACUACCAGCGAGGAAUUCUUUCCAAGGUGGAAGGCCAGAGACUGGUGUACCAGUUCAAGGAGAUGCCGAAAGACAUCGUGUUCAUCGACGAGGAGGAGGACAUGGAGGACGGGAUGGAGAAGGUCAAAGCGCAGAGUCCCGCCGCGGCCGACUGCACCGCUUCCCGCCGGAGGAAGGACCGGUUCUCUCCCGUUUCAUCCUCGGCGCCCGUCAUCAGCAUCGCCUCAGGACCCGAAGGACUCGUGUCCGUGCAUCAGACUCCGGUCGCCACGACGACGGGCCCCAGGACGGUGAGGCUGGCCAUGCAGGUGCCGGUUGUCAUGACAACGCCCCAGGGUCAAAAGGUCUCCACGGUGACCCUCAACUCUCCCACGAGCUCCUCCCCGAUGCUGACGGCGGGCGGCGUGCUGAGCGGGGGGACCGGCGCGGGUAAAGUGCUGCUGCAGGCCGUGCCCACGCUGCUGCCCACGCAGGGGCAGAACGGCGAACGGAUCACGCUGCAGCUCAUCACGCUCCCCGCCACCACCCAGACCAAAACGGGCACGCCCAUCACGCUGCGCACUCUGGCGCCGCUCACGGGGACCCAGGUGCUGCAGCUCGCCAUGCCUUCCUCCCCGAACACCGUCACGUUGCCGUCGGAGACCGCGUCGAACACGCAGGACGUCAGGUUCAUCAAGGUGGAGCGUCUGGAGCAGAGCGCACACGCAGACCAGGCCGCCACCACGCACAGCUGAGACGCCGCUCACGCCAACACGCCCACCGCAGCGCUAGAGUCAAACCGCCAUCCCAACCACGCCCACUGUUUUAUAAAGUGCUCACGAGGACUUCAGCAAUGAGAGCAGCAGCACUACAGCUAAACCCCGCCCUCCCCCACGCUCACAAUCACGUCCCAACACUAGUCGUAACCGGUGCUGAAGACCCGCGACAACGUGAGGGGAAGGAAACGUUUCCAGCAGCACCAACGGGCGUGGACCGGACGCUGUACAUAAAACUCCUAGUCAACAAAAUAUAAAGCAGCUUCUGUUUAUUUGUUUGUUUGUUUUCUUUAAAGUUAAAUUUUUUUCCCCUGACAGUGUAAAUAUGCAAAUAUAGACUUUUUGAUAUUUUGUAUCAGGCAGUGUUUGUUUGUUUUUGUUGUUUGUUUGUUUUUUUUUACAAGCUAAAAGCAUCUUAAAACUUUGUAGACCGUAAUCAUUUCACUUUAUAUACAUAUAUCUCCUUUUUGUUGCAUUUAUAUCCAUCAUACCUGUUAUCCACAUUUCUUUCUUUCUCAUUUAAAAUUGUGUACAUAAAAAGGGAGCGAAAAGGUGUGUGUGUGUGUGUGUGUGUGUGUGUGUGUGUGUGUGUGUGUUUAGACUGAACUUUAUUGAAUGUUCAAUAUUUGAAGCAUAUAUUUUGUUGUACUCCUAUCCAAGCUUGUAUAUCCAAGUAGAUUUAAAUAUACAGGACCUAAUUAUGCAAACAAACAAGCUUCUCUUGGUGUUUUGUGUGUGUGUGUGUGUGUGUGUGUGUGUGUGUGUGUGUGUGUGUGUGUGCCAGGAAACCCUCUGCACCGGCUUGCAUGGAGUUGAUGGACAGGAACAGAAUUACAUACCGGUCACGCUAUGUAGCACUCGGUACAUCCAGAACCUCUGGCUGGAAGUCAGAGUCUCAUGUUUCCUCCAUUUCGUCACUCAAGGUCACCCGUCUCAGAUUUCUUUAUUUAUCUCGACUGUAUUUAAAAUCCUCUUGACGUGAAGCGCCUUGAAACGUGCGGCGUUAUUCGAUGUGUCGACGUAACUACCACUGAAACAGGACGUCAGGGCGGGGCACACCGAGUGGCUCCUCCCUCUUUUUAAAUAGUCAGUAGUGUUUAGCUUACCUCACGGCCUGGGUUAAACUGUAGUUGACAGUUAGUACCGUGGAUUAUUAUAAUGUUGGGGGCGGGACACUUCAGAUUCUACAGAGCGUUUGAUUGGACAGAAAAAUCUGAUGAGACGCUGAAGUGCGGGAUGACGUCAUCAAAACGGUUGGUCCGUAUCGGUGUUAGACGGAGACUACAUUUUGAAUGCGUAUAUCUUCUCAAUGGGAAUAUGAGCAUUGUUUUGGGGCACACUUAUAGCUUAUAGAUAACCUUAAGGCGAACCGAUUCAUAUUAAAAGCCAAGGAUCAGUAGGUAAACCCAAGGAACUGACACUGUUCUAACAUUUCUGACAUGAAUCGGUUUGAAAAUAAAUGAACGAUGGGACAAAUCAUAUGAUGUAGAACAAUACAGUCCUGAUAUGACACGUAUGUGAAUUUAAAUGCUAGUUAGUUGCUUGAUACUGAAGCGAAAGGAGCUACGUUCCUGCUCUCUAAUUGAUUACGUUAUACUCUCCGAUACGUCUUUUUUUUCUACACAUAUCCUAACUUGGAAGGAAGCCCAGCACCUCUGGAGCAGUCCAGGGUUAUGUCUGAUCGAUCGUGUUUAAAAGGUAGUCUGUUUUUUCCCCCCAAUAAUAAAAACAAGAGGAAGUAUAGCUGCAAGCAGCAAUUAAGGGGCCAAGGAGACGAAGUGGCUCAAUCUUCUGAUUUUUAGUCAAACUGUUCAGAAGUUAUAAGCAAACUUAGCUAUUUUUCAUAUCUCGUGACCACUAGGUGGCACUGUGCUGAAACAGUGCAGGCACCCUCAGGCCAUGCUUGUGAUACCAAGUUUGGUCUCGAUAGGUUAAAGCGUGUCGGAGAUACAGCCUCAGAUCCACUUCGGUGCGCUCUUCGUCGAAUUCGUUCGCACUGUAUUUGAGAACGGGUCGACUAAUCCAGUCGUUUUCAAAGCGGGGGCUGCCAGGGGGCGGCCUCAACAAUUUGGUGUAAAAAAUAAAUAAAUGUAUGUUUUCUCUUUCUCACUCUCAGACAACCACACACACGAGCACACACAAUCAAUGCUUAAUGUAAUGUAAAGAUGUAAGAUGUAAUUAUUAAUAAAAAAGGGGGAUAUAUUCAGAA